AUUAAAGACAUUAUUACUAUUAUUUUUUUAUUUUUAUUCAUAAAAAAUUUACGAAAGAAAACUAUGAGAAAGAGACACUGAGAAAGAGAUACCAAAAAAUGUAUUAUUUAAAAUACAAUAUCUAGAUAAAGAAUUUAUAUAAAACAAAGCAAUGUAACUUAUAUAUAGGAUAAGAUAUAUUUUAAUUUUGUUGAAAGAGAUAUGUGUAUAAUUAAAUGAUACUAUAUUUCUAGAUUGAUUUACUUACGAUUUCACGUCCCUGAGAAGCAACCCUAAAACUGCGAGGAUUAUAGUUUGUGUGGGAUCAAGUUCAAGCGAGAAAAAUAAAGACUCGCAAAACAGCACGUUCCCGGAAUUGUGCUUAAUCCACUUUAUUUCUACUUAAAAACUAUAUAAAGAGAAUUAAAAAUUUCAAAAUUUACGCUUACUUUCUACAAUCGUUUUACAAGAUCAGAGAUCAUAUAAUAUAAUUUGUACUUGUGUACACAGGAAUUUAGAUAGCACACAUUUCCAAAUCUGUGUCAUCUCGUUUCGCAUAUGUAAAAUCGUUUUUCUAGUCGCAGAUGAAUCCAAGAUUAGACCUCAUCAAGUUGGAUCACGUCUACAUUUGUACUCUACCGAGGGAAAAAAUAAAAAGAAGAAGAAGGAAGAAAGGGAAACUUUGAAGAGAGUUUCGUUCCCUCGUGUGCCAUUCGUGCCAUUUACCUCGCCUCACCCUUUCGGAGGGUGAAGGAGCGCGGGAAGGUGGGGUUGUGCAGAACGGAACGGAAUCUGUGUCGCGCCGGGUCGGUCGGCCACACCGCCGCCGGGGAUCUCUCCUCGCGCGCUCUCUCCAUCACAUCAGUGUCCACCCAGCCUCGCUGCUGCUCGGCGCGGCGCCGACGUCAUCGCGUCGUCCGUCUGAAGUCGCGAUUCCGCCGCGGCGGAACACGCGUUGGAAGUCCACGCGCGCCGUACACUGCCCUACGGUUCCACCGCGCACCGGGUCGAUAGCACGGAAACUCGAACUUCGAGUACAUUGCACCUGCCCCGGGAAAAAUCGGAGGAUCGUCGCGCUUUCGAUUCGUAUCACGCGCGGAAAUUUUUUUGACCAACGAUUCUACGGACCAACCAAUCCUCUGUGAUAUUUUGUCGAUUUUCAACAUCAAGAUAAUUCAAUAUCAAAGGGCUCGAUUCAUAUUUCUCAACGCAUCGGGACAGCUUGAUGAAUCAUCAUUCGAUGCGUAUCUUCCGCGGGACUAAAGUUUAACGAAGAGGAAUAAGGGCGAGCAACAAUAUUUCAGACACCAAGCUGGGACCAAGCGACAUCAGCAUUCGGCGAAGCCAAUCGAACCGUAAAAUUGCGGCGCGCGCGAAGAGAAAUGUUCAAUCUCUAUCAAAGCCUAAAUAAGAAGGACGAGGGCGAUGGGCAGCGGAACCGGGAGUCGGAGGUGACCGGUCACGACCGAUUCUGCCAGCAUCGUAGCUCCAGUCACUCGAGCACUCGUCGUCGUCGUCGGGCUGUCAAUCGCAGGACGCAAAGCGCCACAGAGCUGAACGCCAGGGCGAUGAGCUCGGCGAGAGGCUCCCUAAGACGGGGUCGCAGCGUGAGCACCGAGGACGACAACGAGAGCGAGGACGACAAGGGUAAUCAGCUGGCGAACAAGUUGGACAAUCUGGCGCGGCUCCUCUUCAGCCGCGUCUCGGCGGCGCGAGGAUACAAGGAUCAAGGCGACGUCAAUCACAGAGCAACCUGGCGCGUUAGUGACACGCGACCGCAUCGUAAUCCGUGGCUCGCGAAUCUAAUCCGCUUUUGUUGCAACCAGAGGCACGAUAAUGCACACGAAUUGUCCAUCAGGCAAGCACAAAACUGCGCAACACGUUUAGAUGACAGGAACGGGCGUUACACGGCGUUGAAUCAUGGAUCGAAAUCUGUCAACGAGGAUGGAGUCGAGUACAUGGAAAUGGAAAAAAAAUCUCGCGAUCGUGCUUUAUCAAUCUGCCGGGAUUACAUCGAUAAAACGCCGCGUUUUGUUCUCAUCAAGCAACUUAAUAAUAUCGGAUCAAGGGUGGACAAAUAUUGGUUCAUGGUGAGGGACACGUCCCUGAAGACGGAUAGAUUGCUGACUUUGGUGCCAUUGAAUCGAAGCUGCCCGCUGUCCGUCUGUCCUUCCACUAAAGAUAUCCUGAACAAUCUAUUCCUGGCCUUACAACACCCUUACAUCUGUCCUGUUUUUCACGUCGAUUUUCUCGAGUACGAGGACCAAACGUACAUUGUCCUGGUACAGCCUAUCAACCAGGGUAGUCUUAAGGAUCUAAUAUACGGCAUUGAACGAAACUGCUGGAACGAGGAAUGGAUUCAUAAAUAUGCCGCACGUGGCAAAAGACUUACAUUACCGCAGGUGCAACGAAUGGGACGACAGAUUUUGGAAGCACUGAUGUUCCUGAAGGAACGAGGAUUUCCUACGGUGACUCAUCUUCAUUCCGGUAACGUGGUGAUUCAGAACGGCGUUGCAAGACUGGCCGGUCUAGAGAAUAGUCUUCUAGGCUUCACCAGUCGAAUACAUCCCAUUGUAACGUCUCGAUUAACGCAUUCCACCUCGAUCGACAUUAUCUGUUUUGGACAUAUGCUAUUCGAAAUGUGUGCCGGUUAUGAAUUAUCUACCUUCAGACCAUCUGCCGUCCAGUUAUCAGAACUCGAGAUGCAUCCGCAGGUCUUAAGGUUUCUCGAGUUGAUAUUCACGGAAUCGGAGCAUCGUUUUACCAGCAUAGAGGAAUUGUUGAUGCAUGAUCUUUUCAGGAACAUUGAUCUUCGUGAAAUGCGAUGUUCAGCCGUAACUGUAUUUCGUCCGACUUUGACGCCUUCCAUAAUGAGCUUGCUUGAUGAUAUUAAACGGCAAGACGCUGGAAAAAAAAUUAUGAAUGUCGACAACGAAGACGCUGAACCAAAUAUUACUAAACGAAUAUCAAUGAACAGCUCUGAAUACGACAGCUCCUUACUCACGCAGAUAUACAACGAGCUUUCACAAACAGCUUUAUAAUGUAGGAACAAAGUCUACACAUAUAUAUGUAUAUUUUAUCUCGAAUAAGAGUGCACUUCCUAUUAUACACACUUGCAAAGUGCCAAGGAAAUGAUUAUAUCAUAACCGCUUUUAUUAAAGUGCUUGUUAAAAGAUUUGUACAAUGAUAAUGUAGUGUGAAAUUGAUUUGCGUGCUUUCUUUGUAUUGAACGUGCUUAUUUAUUGAUACAGAUAAGAAAAAAAAAUUGUAAGCUGUUAAAAAUAAUUAUUUUUCUGAUUAUUGAAUUUAAUUCUAGAAAAAAAGUCAGCAAUUCCCUAUCUAUCUAAUAUUUGUUUUUUUUUUCUAUUUAUAAUUGUUUUAAAUUACUGUGAGGAUUAUAGUAGCAAAAAGUCGUAAAAAAAUAGUAAUAAAGGAAAUUGGGAAAAGCGCAAGUUGAACUAAG